CCCGCCGCCGCCGCCGCUGCCGGACGCGCAGAGCCGGGACUGCUGGGCCGACGGCUGCCGGCCGAGCGAACACUGGGUCGCGGUGCGGAGGGCGUCCCUGGCUGGGACGCGGGUCGCGCCGGUGUCCUUGGAUAGUGCCCGACUCUCAGGCCAUCUGUGCCCAGACCCCGGAGCACUCCUGCACCACCAUGACUGGGCUACUGAAGAGGAAGUUUGACCAGCUGGAUGAGGACGACUCCUCGCUCUGCUCGUCCUCCUCUUUGUCCUCCUCGGGCCGCCACUCUCUCUCCUGCUCCCCAAGCUCUUCAGUCUCCCCAGCCUGGGACUCGGAAGAGGAGGGCCCCUGGCAUCAGAUGCCCCUGCCUGACCGUGACUUCUGCAGCCCCCGCAGUUUCACCCCCCUGUCUAUCCUGAAGCGGGCUCCCCGGAAGCGCCCGGACCGUGUAGCCUUCGAUGGCGUCACCGUCUUCUACUUCCCUCGGUGUCAGGGCUUCACCAGCGUGCCCAGCCGUGGUGGCUGCACCCUGGGUAUGGCCCCUCGUCACAGCGCCUGCCGCCGCUUCUCCUUGGCCGAGUUUACACAGGAGCGAGCCCGGGCACGGCGCGAGAAGCUCCGCCUGCGCCUGAAGGAGGAGAAGCUGGAGGUGCUGCGAUGGAAGCUUGCAGAGUCUGGGGCACCUGAAACAGAGGCUAGCCUGCCACUGACAGUAGACGCCAUCGAUGACGCCUCUGUGGAAGAGGAGUUGGCAGUGGCCGUGGAAGCUGGCCGGCUGGAGGAAAUGACUUUCCUACAGCCCUAUCCAGCCCGGAAGCGGCGGGCCCUGCUGCGGGCUGCUGGUGUACGGAGGAUCGAUCGAGAGGAGAAGCGGGAGCUGCAGGCUCUGCGCCAGUCCCGGGAGGAUUGUGGCUGUCGCUGUGAUAGGGUCUGUGACCCUGAGACCUGCAGCUGCAGCCUGGCGGGCAUCAAGUGCCAGAUGGACCACACGGCGUUCCCCUGUGGCUGCUGCAAGGAGGGCUGUGAGAACCCCAAGGGCCGUGUGGAGUUUAAUCAGGCGCGGGUUCAGACCCAUUUCAUCCACACGCUCACCCGCCUGCAGCUGGAACAGGGGGCUGAGAGCCUUGGGGAGCUGGAGACCCCUACCCAGGGUGGCCCACCCAGCCCUGGUGAGCAGGUCCUGGCCCCCACUUUCCCGCUGGCCAGCCCCGCCGUGAGCAGCGAACUGGGAGACCACAGCUGCAGCAGCGACAUGACCGAUUCCUCCACAGCAUCGGGCACCAGUGAGGCCCCCGACAGCCCUGCCCACCCGGCCCUGCCUGGCCCUGGCUUCCAGCCUGGUGCGGAUGAUGACAGCUUAGAGUGGAUCCUGAGUUUCAGUGACUCUGACCUGGGCGGAGAGGAGGAAGAGGAGGAGGAAGCAGGUGUGGGAAGCCUCGACAACCUCAGCAGCUUCCACCUAGCAGAUAUCUUCAGUACUGGUGACCCUGGCGGCCUGGCCAGCUGGACCCACAACUAUUCUAGCUCUAGUCUCACAUCAGGCAUCCUGGACGAAAAUGCCAACCUGGAUGCCAGCUGCUUCCUAAAUGGUGGCCUUGAAGGGUUGGGAGAAGGCAGCCUCCCUGGCACCUCAGUGCUGCCCAGCAUGGACGCCGGCCAGAGCAGCUCAGUGGACCUCAGCUUGUCUUCCUGCGACUCCUUUGAGCUGCUCCAGGCCCUGCCAGACUACAGUCUGGGGCCUCACUACACCUCUCGGAAGGUGUCUGACAGCCUGGACAACCUUGAAGCACCCCACUUUCCCUUCCCUGCCUUUUCCCCAUCUGGGGACACCAGCAUCUGCUUCCUGGAGUCCAUCAUGGGCUUGUCCGAGCCGGCUGCCGAGGGCCUGGCUCCCUUCAUGGACAGCCAGUUGUUUGAGGACACUGCCCCAGCAUCUCUGGUGGAGCCUGUGCCUGUGUGAGGACUAGGGUGCCUUUUCCUGGCCCCGAGAGCCCUGUUGCUGCUGUGUUGUAAUUUGAGGGCUCCCAGGGUCUAUAUUUAACAGUCUCCCAUUGGCAGACUCACCCAUGUGGGCACUCCUAAUUUUCAUGCAACACUCUGGAUUUAUUUAUUUUUGUAACUUUCUGUGCUGAAGAGGAUGGGAGGGGGCUUCCCCCUUCCGUGUCCCCCACCCCCCACCCCCACACACAGUUUCUUCCACUUCCAUGGCACAUGCCAGGAAGAGGAGGACAUGUGUCUUCCCUAAAGCUUUGCAGACCCCUCUUCCGUUUUAUAUGAUGUUUCUUAGCCCAAAGACUGAGAUGGGCUGGAAUCAGCCACUUCUUCUGGCUUCUGCCACUCUGAGCCCUAGUUCCCUGGGUGGCUGAAUCCUCUGGACUGUGAAGACUAAUUUAUUCCCAUAAUUUAUUUGGAGACUAGGCGGCUUAGGCUUCUCUUUCCUGGUGGGUUGGCAGUGCUGGGGUUAGUAGGGCACAGACCCCAGGGGUCCCUUUUGCCUUGCAUUCCUGGCAGCCCUGCCCUGCCUGGUCUUAGGUGCAGGCCAGGUGUGGAUUCGAGCCCUAUGUCUACUGUGGCAGCUGCCUGGCUCCAGAUGGCUAAGCAGGCAGGGGCUGGCCCAGGACAGCCAGAGGACAGGGGAAGGGCUGAGCUGGGCUGAGCUGGGCUGACCAACCGUGACCAAAACCUUCUGCCCCACUCAGCCCCCUCUGCUUCCUGUCCUCUGCCCCAUAUCUCUCUUCCCCCAAAGGCCACAGCCUUUAUUCCCUGCCCAUCAGUGUAGGAGGAGGGGGAAGCAGGAGGCCCAGAGGGGGCAAGGGGCUUGCCUCAGAGCCCACAGCAUGCCCCCUGCUGGCUCUUGGAGCUUUCUGGGCACUGAACUCCAGCGUGGCCCACUUGCCCAUGCCCUAAGGCCAGCUGGCCAGGGCAAGCGGUAGCUCCUUAUGGCUUUUACGUCCAUUGUUUGCUGAUGUUGAAUUUUGCAUCAUAAUUUCUCUAUUGUCCUUGAGUAUUAGAACUAUAAUUUAUUCAUUUUACUCUGUGUCUGUGCCAAGAAGCCCAGGCUCUGGGCCUCCCCUCUUGCCCAGGAGGCUCUGCCAACCUGUGUGCUUGUGGGAAAACCUUGUACCUGAACCUACAGGUACCAAUAAAGAGGCUCUAUUUUUAA